CCGACCCCGACCCGGCCCCGCCCCCAGCGGCUUCCGGCAGAAGCGCCCCCCAGUGGCGGCGGUCGGCCUCGCACUUCCGGCAGGAGGAUCCGGGCCUGCAGCGCCGGCUGGGCGAGUCUCAGCGCUGGGGUCCAGCGAGCCGCAUCUGCCAUUGAUCAUGGAGAGGGUCGGCCUGAGCCACCAGCCCCGAAGGUGAGGACAAGAAGACGGCACCUGGGGCUCCGUGGAGGAUUCCAGAUCAUGGAAACGGCAGCCAGGAGGCGUGCUUGCUAAAAGUCACGGGCCCAGCCCCGACCGGCCCUUCCUGCGGGGCAUCUUCCCGAGAGGUGGUUGCCACCCCCGCCGGCCAGCGUCCGCGGAUGGGGAGGUGCGCCCCCGACGUGGCCUUCGUGUGGAGGGCGGUGCUGACCCUGGGGCUGGUGCUGCUCUACUACUGCUUCUCCAUCGGCAUCACCUUCUACAACAAGUGGCUGACCAAGAGCUUCCACUUCCCCCUCUUCAUGACGAUGCUGCACUUGGCCGUGAUCUUCCUGUUCUCCGCCCUGUCCAGGGCCCUGGUUCAGUGCUCCAGCCACAGGGCCCGCGUGGUGCUGAGCUGGCCCGACUACCUCAGAAGAGUGGCUCCCACAGCACUGGCCACAGCGCUGGAUGUGGGCCUGUCCAACUGGAGCUUCCUCUACAUCACCGUCUCGCUGUACACGAUGACCAAGUCCUCAGCCGUCCUCUUCAUCCUCAUCUUCUCUCUGAUCUUCAAGCUGGAGGAGCUGCGCGCGGCGCUAGUCUUGGUGGUCCUGCUCAUCGCCGGGGGCCUCUUCAUGUUCACCUACAAGUCCACGCAGUUCAACAUCGAGGGCUUCGCCUUGGUGCUGGGCGCCUCGUUCAUCGGCGGCAUUCGCUGGACCCUCACACAGAUGCUCCUGCAGAAGGCGGAACUUGGUCUCCAGAAUCCCAUCGACACCAUGUUCCACCUGCAGCCGCUCAUGUUCCUGGGGCUCUUCCCUCUCUUUGCUGUGUUUGAAGGUCUCCAUUUGUCCACAUCUGAGAAAAUCUUCCGUUUCCAGGACACAGGGCUGCUCCUGCGGGUGCUCGGGAGCCUCUUUCUUGGCGGGAUUCUCGCCUUUGGUUUGGGCUUCUCUGAGUUCCUCCUGGUCUCCAGGACCUCCAGCCUCACUCUCUCCAUCGCCGGCAUUUUUAAGGAAGUCUGCACUUUGCUGUUGGCAGCGCAUCUGCUGGGCGACCAGAUCAGCCUCCUGAACUGGCUGGGCUUUGCCCUCUGCCUCUCGGGAAUAUCUCUGCACAUUGCCCUCAAAGCCCUGCACGCCAGAGGCGACGGCACCCCUAAGCCCCUGAAAGGGCUGGGCUCCAACCCCGACCUGGAGCUGCUGCUCCGGAGCGGCCAGCCGGAGGACGAGGACAACGAGGAGGAGGAAUACUUCGUGGCCCAGGGGCAGCAGUGAGCAGCCAGGGGACCAGUCGGCGGCUCAGGGACCUGGGUGGUUCCUCCCGACCGCCAGGCAGCAGCGGGCCCGGCGUCUCCCGGGCCGGGCCUCGGAGGGCAUGCGACCGGUGGUGGGGCCGGGGCAGAAAACUGGUGCACCAGGUGGGCAUCAGGCCAGCCUCGGGCCUGGCCGGAGCGGGGGCCCAGCGGCACUGGUGUCGCGGCAGGAGCAGGGGGCUGUCUCAGCCACUUGGGCUCUGAGAGCCAGGAUGGUGGUUUUAGAGAGAAGACAGGUUUCCGGGGGCCUUGGCUUGAACUGCAGUGCAGUUAGGGACGGGAGCUGGGGACGCUGGGGCCCCCGUCACCUGGAGAAGAGUGUCCUUUCUCCGAAAGCAGACCUAUUUAUAGCUUGGAAAUAAAGGGUUUCCGGUC